GCUGUUGCUCAUGCUCCGGGCUGAUGAAAAUUUGCCGCAUUGCAAGUGCAGAGGAGAUUGACUGUUCUGUUUAGACGUACGCACCAACACAGCGAAGAGAUAAUGUCGAAACGUGGGCAACCGGCGUGGCAAGCUCCUAAAGCGGCGGAUCGGCCAAAGCUAAAGCUGUUCAACAGCCUCACCCGCCAAAAGGAGGAGUUUGUGCCGCUAGACGGAAACAAUGUAACGUGGUACAGCUGCGGACCUACUGUCUACGAUGCAUCGCACAUGGGGCAUGCCAGGUCUUACAUUUCCUUUGACAUUCUGCGUCGCAUUCUGGCCAAUUACUUUGGCUACAACAUACAUUAUGUGAUGAACAUAACGGACAUUGACGACAAGAUCAUUCGGCGUGCAAGGCAGAACCAUCUCUUUGAAGAAUAUGCCAAAGAGGCAUCCAAACUGCCCCUGGAUCAGCUCCUGAGCCAGCAAAAGCAGGUUCUCCUCCGGUUUCAGGACACCUGUGCCAAAAACACCGAUCCCGACAAGAAGGUGAUGCUGGACAAGACCCUGCAACGCAUGAACGACGCCGUGGAUGCAUUGACCAAAGCAGUUAGCAAAGGCGUCGAACAGGAGAUCUCAGAGAAGCGGCAGCACUACCUAAAUGAAGCCAAGGACCCCAUCUCCGAUUGGUUGGACUCCCAAAAGGGGGCCCAAAUCAACGACAACGCAGUGUUCGAGGCUCUUCCACGCUACUGGGAAGACCAGUUCCACAACGACAUGAAAUCGCUGAAUAUUUUACCUCCAGAUGUUUUAACAAGGGUUUCGGAGUAUGUACCCCAGAUCGUCACCUUUAUCCAGAAGAUCAUCGACAAUGGCUUGGCUUAUGCAGCCAACAACUCCGUUUACUUCGAUGUAAAUGGCUUUGACAGGAGGGAGAAGCACCACUACGCAAAGUUGGUUCCUGAAGCGUAUGGCGACACUAAAUCACUGCAGGAAGGCGAGGGAGAUUUAUCCGUGGCCGAGGACCGGCUGUCCGAGAAACGCUCAGCCAACGACUUUGCCUUGUGGAAAGCAAGUAAGGCCGGCGAACCCUGGUGGGACAGUCCUUGGGGCAAGGGUCGUCCUGGCUGGCACAUUGAAUGCUCAGCCAUGGCCUCGGAUAUCUUUGGCCCUACCUUUGAUAUCCAUACUGGCGGCGUGGACCUGAAGUUUCCCCACCACGACAACGAGCUUGCCCAAUCAGAGGCGGCUUUUGAUGAGGCCGAGUGGGUGAAGUACUUCCUGCACACAGGUCAUCUCACCAUUGCCGGCUGCAAGAUGUCCAAGUCGCUGAAGAACUUUGUGACGAUCCAGGAAGCCCUCAAGAAGCAUUCCGCCACUCAGCUGCGAUUGGCUUUCCUUUUGCACUCUUGGAAGGACACGCUAGACUACUCGGAAAACACCAUGGAAAUGGCCACGCAGUACGAGAAGUUCCUUAAUGAGUUCUUCUUAAACGUCAAGGAUCUGACACGACAUGUGCUCUCCGAAGAACCAAGACGGCAGUUUGAUGCCUGGACUGAAGUUGAGGCAGCUCUGCAAAAUAAGUUCGCCAGCUCCCAAGUGCAGGUUCAUGCAGCUCUCUGUGACAACAUCGACACCCGAAGUGCCCUGGACGCCAUUCGGGAGCUGGUCUCCGCCUCCAACGUCUACAUUCGGGACAAUAAGACUAGGCUUAACAGUCUGCUGCUGCGCAACGUGGCCAACUACAUCACGGAUCUGCUUCAUGUAUUUGGCGCGAUCUCAGGACCACGCGGUGGCAUUGGCUUUCCCGUCAGUGGCGGUUCAGGUGCUCUAGCAGCUGGCGCUGAUUUGGAAACAACAGUGCUGCCCUAUGUUCAGUCCCUGGCUGAAUUCCGAAAUUUGGUACGCGAGCAAGCGAAAACCCUGAAGGCUUUUGACAUCUUGAAACUCUGCGACGAUCUGCGCGACAACGUGCUGCCCAACUUGGGUGUUCGACUGGAGGACAAAGAUGGUGGAAAGUAUGCUGUAAAGCUAGUUGAUCGAGACUCGCUAUUACGAGAGCGGGAGGCAAAGCUGGCCGCCGAGGCGGAGAAGGCCGCUGAAAAGGAGCGAAAGAAGCAAGCUGCUGCGGAGGCUGCGGCAGCUAAAGAAGCCCAGCGCCGCGUAAAUCCCAAGGAAAUGUUCCUCGGCGAAACGGAAAAGUACUCUGCAUUCGACGAAAAUGGCCUGCCCACUCUUGAUAAAGAGGGCAAAGAGGUCAGCAAGGGACAGAUCAAGAAGCUGCAAAAACUUCAGCAGCAGCAGGAGCAACGUUACAAAGAGUAUUUGGCAUCCAUCGAAAAAGCCUAACACCUGAGAUCAGAGCCACCAUGUUUAUGAUAUUAGCAUAGCAUUUAACCAACCGGAUACCUUACCGCGAACCUUAAAAUUUACAACUAAACUAUAGCAAGAGAUUUCAGUUUACAGCUUAAAACAGUCCAAAUAAAAAAAACUUUUUUCUACGAUAA